CUGGUAGAAGGGGGAGGCCUCUGGCAGCCAAAAUGAAGCCUCUACAGGUCUCUGUGUCCUGCUUGCUCUCCCUGCUUGUCCUGGUCGCUGCAGACCUAGUGGUGGAGGCCUCCAGCCCCGAUGAGCUGCAUCUCCACGUGCCACUCUCCUGUGACCUCUCCUGUGACUCCACAGAUGACAAUGGAGGCCAAAGCUCCUCCAACGACACCCCGGCCCCAGGCUCCGUGUGUCAGUCCUGUAACCCCCCACGAAGCCUUGCUACACCGGCCGAAGAGGAGCCCCUAGCCUCCACAGAGGAGGUUCCCAUGGAGGAGAUGGCGAGCGAGGAGGAGGAGGCUGCAUCUGAGGAGGUGGUAGCUGAGGAAGAAUCUGUGGAGUCUGCAGAGACUUCAGAGGAGAUCCAAGCAUCAGAGGAGAGAGUGGAGGAAGCUCCCUCGUCUGAAGAGCAAGAACUGGAGGAAGCUGCCUCGUCUGAAGAAGAAGUAGUGGAGGAAGCUCCCUCGUCUGAAGAGGAAGAACUGGAGGAAGCUGCCUCGUCUGAAGAAGAUGUAGUGGAGGAAGCUCCCUCGUCUGAAGAAGAGGUUGUAGAGGAGGUUGAGGUAGAACAUGAAGCUGAGGAAGAACAGGUUGUAAAGGAAGAGGAAGCAGUUGAGGAAGCUGUGGCCAUGGAGGAGGAAGUGGAGGUAGUUGAAGAGGAAGUAGAGGAAACAAUAGAAGAACCUGCAGUAGAGGAACCUGUUGUUGAGGAGGUAACGAUUGAGGAGGUUGCUGAGGAAGCAGUAGAGGAAGCAGUAGAGGAGGCAGUAGAGGUAGUAGUAGAGGAGGCAGUAGAGGAGGCAGUAGAGGAAGCAGUAGAGGAGGCAGUAGAGGUAGUAGUAGAGGAGGCAGUAGAGGAAGCAGUAGAGGAGGCAGUAGAGGAAGCAGUAGAGGAGGCAGUAGAGGAGGCAGUAGAGGAAGCAGUAGAGGAGGCAGUAGAGGAAGCAGUAGAGGAAGCAGUAGAGGAAGCAGUAGAGGAGGCAGUAGAGGAAGCAGUAGAGGAAGCAGUAGAGGAGGCAGUAGAGGAAGCAGUAGAGGAGGCAGUAGAGGAAGCAGUAGAGGAGGCAGUAGAGGAAGCAGUAGAGGAAUCAGUAGAGGAAGCAGUAGAGGAGGCAGUAGAGGAAGCAGUAGAGGAAGCAGUAGUAUUAGUGUCUGAACCUGUGGUGGAACCCAAGCUGGUUGAAUCCGAGCCAGAACCUGUGGUGGAACCUGAAGUGGUUGAGCCCGAGCCAGAGAUGGUGGUCGAGGAGGUGGCUCCAGAACCAGAGCCUGUUGUAGAGGAAGCUGCUCCGGAACCUACUCCGGAACCUGCGGAAGCCGCUCCAGAACCUGUAGAAGCAGGUGAGGUGGUUGUGGAGGCAGUGAAGGAGGAGGAGCUGGUGGAGGUGGUGGCAGCUGUUUUGGAGGAGGAAGCAGUGGUGGAAGAGGAGGCACCUGUUGUUGUUGUUAAGGAGGAGGCGACUGUUGUUGAGGAGGCGCCUGUUGAGGAUGUGACAGUGGAGGAUGCACCAGCAAAGGCAGAAGCACCAGCAAAAGUGGUGGAGGAGGCAGCAAAGCUCAGAGACCACUCUCACAUCGAUGAGAUGCUCCAAUUGGUUUCUGCCGAACCCUCGCCUGAGUUCGCAGCUGCUAUGAAGAAGCUGCAGCACAUCUACCACUCAGCCAUCAAGCCCAUGGAGACGGCCUACAAGUACAAUGAGCUCAGAGCUCACGAGGUCACAGAUGGAGAGAUCACCUCCAAGCCCAUGGUACUGUUCCUGGGACCCUGGUCUGUAGGCAAAUCCUCCAUGAUCAACUACCUGCUGGGCGUGCACGGUACCCCACAACAACUUUACACAGGUGCUGAGCCCACUACAUCUGAGUACACAGUGGUGAUGCAUGGUGACAAGUUCCGCUCGGUGGAGGGCAUCGUGAUGGCAGCCGACAGCUCCAGGUCCUUCUCCCCUCUGGAGAAGUUUGGCCAGGGGUUCCUGGAGAGGCUGGUGGGGAUUGAGAUGCCCCAUAAACUGUUGGAGAGAGUCACCCUGGUGGACACGCCUGGGAUUAUUGAGAACCGCAAGCAGCAGGAGAGAGGCUACCCCUAUAGCGAGGUGUGUCAGUGGUUCAUUGACCGUGCUGACCUCAUCUUCCUGAUGUUUGACCCCACCAAGUUGGACGUGGGCGGGGAGCUGGCGACACUGUUCAAACAGAUGAAGGGCCGAGAGUCCCAGAUCCGCAUCAUCCUGAACAAGGCAGACAGCCUGUCCUCCCAGGACCUGAUGCGUGUCUACGGCGCCCUGUUUUGGUCCAUGGCUCCUCUCAUCAACGCCACAGAGCCUCCCCGGGUCUACGUCAGCUCCUUCUGGCCCACAGAAUACGCAGCCGACACCAGCCGAGAGCUCUUCAUACGGGAGGAGAUCUCACUGCUCGAAGACCUCAACCAGGUAAUUGAGAACCAGCUGGAGAACAAGAUAGCCUUCAUCCGCCAGCACGCCAUCCGGGUCAGGAUCCACGCCCUGCUGGUAGAUCGCUACCUCCAUACAUACCACGAGAAGCUGGGCUGGUUCAGCGACCCCGACGAGGUGUUCAGGGACAUCGUCUCAGACCCUGACAAGUUCUACAUCUUCAAGUCCAUCCUGGCCAAGACCAAUGUGAGCAAGUUCGACCUGCCAGACAAAGAGGCCUACCAGGACUUCUUUGGCAUCAACCCUCCAUCAGGCUUUAAACAGCUGUCCUCCCUCUGUUCCUGGUCGUCAGGCUGUCUGAUUGACAAGAUAGAGAAAGCUAUCACUGUGGAGCUCCCUGCCCUACUGAUUAGCCUGGGCAAGAAAGACAGUCCAACUCCAGCCAAGGCCGCCCCAGCCCCUCCACCCCCACUGCCUGAGGCAAAACCCAAGAACCGCUGGCGAAAGGUUUGAGGAGGAGAGAUGAAGAGAGGGAUGGAUAAAGAGAAGAGGACGGGGAGUAAAGGAAGGAAGAAAAUAAGGAGGGAGGCCGAAGCCAGAGGCUGUACUGGGGUGACUCCACUUCUGAGUUUGUCUGGACUGGACACGGGGAAGAGAGGAGAGAGGGAUGGGGUGGAGGAUGGGUGGAGGAUAGGAAAUAUGUACAGCUGGGGAAAAAGGGGGAUUGAAGCCACAUGAAGCAAAUGGGAACCUUGCAGGCCCAUUAGAAGUAAUCCAACUAGAGAAAAAAAACGGAAACAAGUUUUUCAACUAUUUAAAUCAGAGACUCUUAUCUUCCUAAGUGUUAUUAUUUAACUCCGAACGAAAACAGGGAAAUAUAAACAAGAGUUUGUUUUAUUUCUGUUUGUUUGCCAGUUUGUUUAUUUUAUUUAUUCAAGUUUUUCUCUUCUUCUUCAUCCGUAGACAAGGAGGAGAAAUACCAGCGAUCAGUUACAGCAUAAUAUUCUAUUCUAUUGUCUUUAUUGUCAUUUCAAAAGUGUCUGGAUUUCUGUGCUCUUUACCAGCAGUCAGUUACAGCAUUCUUCUAUUGUAUUGUAUUUUAUUGUCUUUAUUGUAAUUUCUAAACUACAGGUUAUCUUCGUUGUCAGUGCAGUAUGUCAUUGCUGUGUAAGAACGCAUUUGUACAUUGAUGCCAGUUAAAUGGGCUGUAGCCUUCUCUUCCUGUUGUUAUAGCUUUGCCUCAAUAUGCUGCAUGUCAAAGUGUCAUUAAAGUUGUAUUUUAUCCUUGUAGCUUCAGAUCCCAUUGACAA